GGAGUAAUCGUCCAUUUGUUCAUCCGGUCUUGUAACUAUACUGAUAUAACUUAUAUAAAAUAUUAUUUGUUUGUUAAACCAUGGCGACCAGUCUUCGAGGACUUUGUAGAUUAAAUAUUUCUGUGGCAAAGAAUGCAUUUUUUAAAUAUAAUUUUAUAAAUGUUGGGGUUCGGUGUCUGUAUACGGAACGAGACUUAGGCGUAUCAUCGUAUGAGAAUACGAGAUACCAGUUUCGUAAUCAGUUUAUGACGAUAGAAAAUACAUUUCGUGAAAAAAUGCAGGACAUAUGUCAGAAUGAGAAUGGAAUGAUAUAUACAGAAGAUUUAAAAGCAAUGAUACAUUUAGCACAAGCUAAUGAAACUGAUAUGCAACUGUUAAAUAAUAUGAUAAUGAAGUACAUUCAGAAUCAAGAAGAAAAGAGGUAUGGUAAAUACGUAUUUGGACCAGUUGUAAUGAGAAUGUAUUAUCAUUUGAAUCAACCACAAUAUGCCUUGGAGGUAUUUGAUAAUGAUACAUUGAGAGAAAGCUUUGAUUACCGCACAUCCUUCCGUAUUUUGAUGUGUUUGUUAUAUAAAAAUAAUAUGUUCAAAGAAAUGAGAGAGAUAUACCAGAAAACUUUUGAUAGGAAAGGUAAUGAUUACAUUGGAAGCUCUAACGUCGUAAUGUAUGCAGGAUGUUUAAAGGAGAAUACUCCAGAGGCAUUAGAAUUCGCAUUAAAUUAUUGGGAACACCAGUGUGAUAGAACAAAUCCUUCUAUAAGAAGUUGUGCAUUGUUAUCAUGUUUAGCGAUUAAACAUAAUAAACCUGAAAUAGCUCUGGACAUAUUAAGUGCAGUACCAUUCGAUAGAGUUGCGAGUAUUAGGAAUCUUAAAAUGUUGUCAUAUGUGCAUUUGGACAGAUAUUUACAAAUAAUUCCUUUCUUGAAAUAUGGAUUAGAACAAGAUAAUAUUGAUAAUAAAAAUCAACUUUUUUUCACUGAUGUGCUUUAUGAACUGGAAGAGAAAUUGAAAAUACAAGAUGUACCAGAAUGCAAGCAAGUGCUUAAUUUAAUAGAACAAGCAAGAAAGCACGAUCUUGUUCAAACCACUUGUACUUUGGAAGAAUUUUUACUAAGGUCAAUAACGUUUGGAGCGCGAGUGAAACAAAACGUGGGAGACAGAAGGAAAUUUAGAAAUAAUUACUCAUACCAAUCAGAAGACAAAACUCAAUUAAAAAAUUAUUUGUAAUGCAUUUUUUAGUACCCCUAUCAAAAAUUAAUUAUGUAUGAUUUUAUCAACUUUAUUAAUGAGGAAUAUUUUCCCUUAACGGAUUCUGUAGUCAAGUUAUAUCCUUGCCUAAUGUAUAAAAUGUUUCAUCCGUGCAGUUAAUGUAUGGAAUGUAAUUCUAUGAAGUAAAAAAAUAAAUUCAGAAAAAUGUAAAA